AUGGUUAACUCAAAGGAAAACCACGGACACAGUCACGGCCAUCAUGGACAUAGCCAUGAUAACCAUCACGGUCACGGUCAUCACCCCCAUCACGGUCACAAAGAGCAUGGCCACGGUCAUUUGGAUGCAGAACAUCACGAGCAUGAGGAUCACAGGCAUCUGUAUUACAAACCGAAAGAUCAUCCGUCCAUAGAUAAAAGUGAAAAGAAAGUUGAAACAGGUCAUCAAAAAAAUAAUGAUUCGGACAACGGCAAGGCAAACAGUCAUGAUGGUGGACACAUUCAUGGUCAUGAAAGUUCAAACCACAAGGAGAAAGAUCACAAGCCUACUGACCCAGGAAAAAGUCCACAAAAGCCAGAAAAGGUUCAUUCUCACAACCACCAUGGACAUUCACACAAACAUGAACAUUCACACAAACAAGAACAUUCACAUGACCAUGGUCAUUCACAUGAUCAUGGCCAUUCACACGAUCAUGGCCAUUCACAUGAUCAUGGCCAUUCACACAUGGAAGACCAUUCACUAAAGCAAAAGAAGAAACCAUCCAAAAUAUCUAAAGAUCGUUUUGCUUUGUCCACAUGGGUAAAUGCACUUGUUGCAACCCUUUUGAUAAGCGCUGCCCCCUUUUUUUUGCUCUUCUUCAUCCCGAUGGAUAAGAAUACAGAGGAGCAAAAACCAGUGUUAAAUGUACUGUUGAGCUUUGCAUCUGGCGGAUUGCUUGGCGAUGCAUUUCUCCACCUGAUUCCCCAUGCCAUUUCUCCUCAUUCACAUGGAGAAGAUGGCAGUCACUCCCAUUCACAUUCUCACGGAGGAGAGGGUGGCCACCAUGGUCAUGAUAGAAAUAUGAUAGUGGGGAUGUGGGUAUUGGCUGGUAUAGUGGCAUUCUUGAUGGUUGAAAAAUUUGUUCGUCAUGUCAAAGGAGGCCAUUCGCAUGGUCAUAGCCACGCCGUCAAUGUAAACAAACACUCUUCGAAGUUUAAGGAAGAUGAAAGUGAAGAAGAAACAAGCAAUGGUAUGCUUGCUUUACGUCAUCAAUUAUUCAGUUUUAUUUAA